AUGGUCCCCCAAAACAAGGAAAGCUUCGAGCGCCGCAUGAUUGUGAUCAAGGAUGUGAUCCGCGGACUCGGCCAAGAGGGCGUCGAGAUUACUCCUGUGAGGUGGGCUGACGAUCAAACCUUUCCUUAUAACAACUUCAUCUACAAGGUAGAACUGUCGUCGCCUGCUCUGGCAGAACAUUUCACAGGAUCAGAGCAGGCAUGGCGGCGGCAGCCAUGCACUGAUUUGCCUCCUACAGAAGGGGUCUCUACUGUCAUUGUGCGGAUGAGCAAUCCCAGAGCCGUGGGCUUAAACAACACAAACCGUAUUGAAAACGAGGUUGCAGCAAUGCAUCUCGCGCGCGGUGCUAUCUCACAGCUAGGUUCUAGAUAUGCCUCCCUCGUGCCGGCCGUCUAUGCUUGGAAAGCGGCCGCUGGACCUCAUCCCGUCGAUGAGACGCGAUUCGGAUGGAUCGUCAUGGAGUACUUGACGGGGUCUCCCUUGCACGAGCAGUUUAAGAGUUUCGACAUGGCGGAGAAGAAGUUGAUAAUUCCUGAAAUUGCCUCCAUCUUCUCGUCUAUCCAGAGGGUGGAGUUGCCGCCUGGAGUCGAUUGUUUUGGUGGUUUUACCAUAAAUAAAGAAGGAAACAUUAUCUCUGGCCAGGAGACGAUUCAGGGAGCGCCAGGUGGUCCAUGGCGCGAGUACGUUGAAGUCUGGAGGCACCAGAUGCUCUGUCAGCUAAAAGAAGCCGAUGCAAACGAGUUGAUUCAGGGAUGGCGAGUCCACGGGAUCCGUGAGCGCAUCGAGCAAUUUCUCAAUGUGACGCUACGCCGUGUGCUUCAAGAUGCGGGCGUUGAUAUGUCCAAGCUUGGCUUUGUGCACUUUGACUUUACUAUGAGCAACAUGCUCUACGACGCCGAAAAGAAGCGCAUCAGUGGCAUCGUCGACUUUGACUUUGCCGGCGUCAACAAUCCAGCCCACGAGUUCUUCUUCACCUCGCUCCAUGACGUUCACGGCACCACACGCGAGCAAAAGUCCGACAAGCUCCGACAGGCCAUAUUAACGGGCAACUUUGGCGCGAGCACAGACGCAGGGGAAGAAGAGCACGCCGAGGCGUGGGAGCUCGCAAAGCUAUGGGACGAGGUUAUGGGGGAGCGUGGCGGGCUUCGACCAAGGGAUAUCCGCGGGAUGACGACGCUGGCGAAGCUUAACACUUUGACCGACAUGCUUUUCCCGUGGCAACUGGGCAGCGUGGACAUGUUGAGGCGGCAAACGAGGGAGGAGAAUGUCAAAAUGAGAGCGAAGGCCGAGAAGGCUAUUGAUGACAUGCUGUCGGGAUGGGGUGUCUAG